GAUUAUGUAAUCAUGAGGUUGAUAUAUAUAUAUUUUUUUUGCGGCGGAAAUUAUGUUAGGUUUUGGAUACCUGUAUUCAUGCAUACCAACUAGGUAGUACGGAGUAUUCAUUAGCUCAGCUGCACAAGUGUGAUUGCUGCACGUGUGGAAAAUCUAGUUGCUGCAUUGUUGUUGUGCAAUCUAUCUAUCUAUCUUUGGAUGGCCGUCCGUCCUAAUUUUAGUUGGUGAGGCUAACAAGCACCGGAAUCCGUGCACCCAUCCAUAAUUAAGCAAAGCAAAAGUAGGCUAAAUCUGGUUUCAUUCCUUGUUUCAAUUCCUGGCCGCCGGAGAUGAGCUGCUUGUCAUGCUUCAAGCCACAGCAGGCGGCGGACGACGAUCGUGACGAGGUGGUGGAGGAGAAGCAGGCACCGUCGUCGGCGAUCUCCAUCAAGCGUCUCGGGUCCCGGAGAAACAGCCUGCGCACCAAUUCCAAUUCCAAGUCCGGGGCGGCGAGCCGGCAGGCGAGCACGCGCCCCAGCAACAUCACCAGCUGCAGCGCGCGCGCCUUCAGCUACGACCAGCUCGCCGCCGCCACCGGCAACUUCCGCGCCGACUGCCUGCUCGGCGAGGGCGGCUUCGGCCGCGUGUAUCGCGGCCGGCUCGACGACGGGCAGCUGGUUGCCGUGAAGCAGCUGGACCUGGAGGGCCUGCAGGGCGACCGGGAGUUCGUGGUGGAGGUGCUGAUGCUCAGCCUCCUCCACCACGACAACCUCGUCAGCCUCGUCGGCUACUGCUCCCACGGCCACCAGCGGUUGCUCGUCUACGAGUACAUGGCACUCGGCUCCCUCGCCGACCACCUCCUCCUCGUCGGAGACCGCCUCGACACCCAGUCGCCGUCGCCGUCGCCGUCGCGGGCGCUGAGCUGGGAGACGCGGAUGCGGGUGGCGCUGGGCGCCGCACGCGGCCUCGAGUACCUCCACGAGACGGCCAACCCGGCCGUCAUCUACCGCGACCUCAAGUCCUCCAACGUCCUCCUCGACGACGCAUUCUGCCCCAAGCUCUCCGACUUCGGCCUCGCCCGCCUAUGCAGCACCUCCGGCCCCGGCCCCGGCCCCGGCGAGCGCUCCCCGCGCGUCAUGGGCACCUACGGCUACUGCGCGCCCGAGUACAUCCGCACCGGCCGCCUCAGCGUCAAGUCGGACGUCUACAGCUUCGGCGUCCUCCUGCUCGAGCUCAUCACGGGGAGGCGGGCGGUCGACUUGGCAAGGCCGCCGCCGGAGCAGGUGCUCGUCACAUGGGCCGCGCCCAUGUUCAAGGACAGCAAGCGCUACCGCGACCUCGCCGACCCGCUGCUCCGCGGCGACUUCCCCGACCGCGACCUCAACCAGGCCGUCGCCGUCGCAGCCAUGUGCCUGCAGGACCAGGCCUCCGCCAGGCCAUGCAUGAGCGACGCCGCCGUCACCCUCUCCUUCCUCGCCGACGCCGCCGCCGCCAGCGCCGCGCAGCCGCUGCCGUUGCCUCCGCCCCAGCCCCAGCCCCAGGCCGAUCGAUGAAAACUUGCGACAACAAGCCCACAAAUAGCUUAGCUUAAGCUCAAUUCGAUCAUUAGGACAGGAGGAUGGAUGGAGUCGACCGUACGUGUUGAUUGAUUGAUUUUGGCCAUGUUGAUUGAUGACUACAGUAGUUUUCAUGGAUGGAUCAACUAGAUAGAUACUUGUAUGUAUGUAUAUAUGAGUACCUGAUCGAUGAUGAGUUGCACUCCAAAGAGCCAGUAGACACAAAGUUUCCACAUUA